CACAAUACUUCUCUUGCUAAUAAAAUCAAAACAAAUAAAACAAAAAAUCAACGGCCGACUUGUGCUGCUGAGUCUGCUGACGUAACAGGGACUCUGCUUCCGCUUCCCUCCUCCUUCUCUCACAUUUUCUUAGAUCUCACUCUCUCUCCUGAUCUGGGUUUUAUCGUCACUGGUAAUUUUUCUGUGGCUUUGGGAUUCUUGCCAUGGCUGCUCCACCUGCCAGAGCUCGAGCUGAUUACGAUUACCUCAUAAAGCUCCUCCUGAUCGGCGACAGCGGUGUGGGUAAGAGUUGCCUUCUUCUGCGUUUCUCUGAUGGGUCCUUUACAACUAGUUUCAUUACAACCAUCGGUAUUGAUUUCAAGAUAAGGACCAUAGAGCUUGAUGGGAAAAGAAUUAAAUUGCAAAUUUGGGAUACUGCUGGUCAAGAACGGUUUCGAACAAUUACAACUGCUUACUACCGUGGAGCCAUGGGUAUUUUGCUCGUGUAUGAUGUCACUGACGAGUCAUCGUUUAACAACAUUAGGAAUUGGAUUCGAAACAUAGAACAGCAUGCUUCUGACAAUGUCAACAAGAUCCUUGUGGGUAACAAGGCUGACAUGGAUGAAAGCAAAAGGGCUGUCCCCACUUCGAAGGGUCAAGCCCUUGCUGACGAAUAUGGCAUCAAAUUCUUUGAGACCAGUGCAAAGACAAAUUUGAAUGUGGAAGAGGUCUUCUUUUCAAUAGCUAGGGAUAUCAAGCAAAGACUUGCCGAUACUGACUCGAGGGCUGAGCCUCAGACAAUCAAAAUUAACCAACCAGACCAGGGAGCUGGGGCUGCUCAAGCUGCCCAAAAAUCAGCGUGUUGCGGUUCUUAGGAAAACUCUGUCGAACAUGAUGCGAUGGGUAAAUGUUUAAGGCAAACGCAACCACUACGCUGGGGAGAAAAACUGAUUUGUCACAACUAUGUUACUUGUGUUUGUAUCGCUUUCUAUUAUCAUUAUUUUAUAAGUACUUGUGAUUUGGGUGUGAAUGGUAGAUCCUCAUACUUUGGGAAGUCAAUUAUAUAUUAGUUGAUUUUUCAUUUAGGUUUA